CAAGGUCUUAAUAGUCGUCCGAAACAAUUGGCUGAGCCAAUCGGGAUUAAUGUCAACAAUUUACUACCCAGAUUCCUAGCAGAUACAAACUUUUGGCAGUGUUAAUUCUAAAGAGCUACAUUGCUCCUUUGAGCGGAUUCACUCGUGCAGUUUGUAGACAGUUCAUUGGGAAACCUUGAAUUUCCAUUCAUAAAGGCACGAGUCUAAGAACGCUCUCAUUCAAACUUGAUUAAAACGAAAGAACAGAAUUUCGACCCCGACUUGCUCUUCACUGACCAAACUGCGAUUUUUUAAUAAAUCUUAAUAUUGUUCACAUAUUCGCAUCGGGCUAUCUGCAAGGCUUGUUUUUUAUAGACGAGAAUUUACGUCUCCCGAUGAGAACGUUUUAAGAUUAUUAGACCCGCUCGAGAUAGAAUUGAUUGCGUUGAAAUUUGCUCAGAUUCUGUCUACAAUGGGGACCUCAACGGUGGAUCUGAAGACAUCGGAGGGAAUUCUAAUGGCCCCUCGCGUUCCUCAAGGCUUGGCUGCAGCAGUGGAAGGCCUCACCAGGGAAGUCAUUCGACAACGUCCAGAAGACAUCUACGUAUUCGCGGCUCACCACUUUGAAAAAUUGCUACGAUUGCGGGACCAGUACGGAAGCGGCGCAAAAUCUCGUCUCCCUCGAUACGAUUCUCAGGUGUCGACCUUAAGAGAGUUCAACCAAACGUUGAGAAGACGGGGAAGCGAAAGAGACUCGAUGCACAAGGUAGAAGGUCGUAGAGCGAAUAGAUGGUCCUUGGACGAGACGGCCAGAGUCUUGGAGAAGCACAGAAGCAUCUUCGGGGAAAGUGGGAAGAGGAUGAGCUCGGAGGAAAUAAGAGGCCUGGCGAAUGAAAAAGAGAACAAGGCCUCCGAAGGAAGCGGAGAAGCAAGGACGAAGGACGAGUCCAAGAGACCGCAGGAAAGCAGGCACAGAAGAGUUUCGGAGAGGUAUCCGAGAAGAGAAGAAACCUCCAAAACGAGGGAGGAGAAUGACAGAAUUGGGACGAAGUCGACGCCUAAAAUCUACUCUCAGGUCCCACCAUUACCUGGGAGCACCGGGAUGCUGGCCAAGGACAUCAAGUCCGAACUAAGGAAAAACAGGAUCAGCAGCAGAGACAGAAACGCGAGGAACGAAAAACUAGAGGAGAGAUCCGACUUCGGACGCUCCAGAGAAGCUGGAACCUCGAGGAGAACGUCCUCUAGGAGGUCCUUGGAAAGAGAACGGAAGAGGGAUGCCGAGGAGGAUCAAAAGCGGAAGAGGAAGCUGCCAGAGGCUAAGUCGACCGAUCGGCAGAGAAGGAGCAAAGGACAUCGAGUCGAGAAUGGACUUCCCGGCACAUCGAGUAGGAAGUCUAUCAACAAGGAGCGAGCAUCGAGUACCGACAGGAUCAAGGACUACGUGGUGAAAAAAUUCGCCAAUGCGAAGAGCUUGGAAGAGCUACAAUCCCCCACGUAUGUGGAGAGGGUGCAAGAGGUAAUCGACGAAACGGCGCCUAUUAUCAGAGAAAAGGUGGAGGACCUUCGAAACGCAGUUCUGACGGGGGCUAAAAGGUCGUUGGAUACGGAUCAAUCGAUGGAUCGGGAAAGAACUAUUAAGGAGGAUUCAGAAUACGCGGAAGAAGGCCAUAGAUCCAGGAAAUCCAGGUACGGAUCGAGGGGAUCACCGGAGGAGGGCCAAGCAAACGACUCUCUGGAAGGCAUUGAGACUUUGGCCUCGGAAACCGUUUCGUCCGAUGCCAGGGGAAUCUCGGAAACUGAGUUGGAAACUCGUAAUUCCCAGAAGGACGCGGAAAAGCAGAAAAACCCGAGAACCAGAAGGUCGAGGUCGGCCAAAGAGACCAGGCGAAACGGAGCCACGUCGGAAUCGGAUGGCUCGGAUCCUGUCGAAGCCACCAAGAGUUCCGGUGUUUCGUUGCCAGCCGUGAAAGUUCCUUCGAAAAACGCCUCCAGAAGCGGAUCCAGAAGCGACUCCGGAAAUCUGGUUCUACCGCCGAUCUCCCCGGAAGCUCCCAAAUCCGCGAAGCAACGGGAAGAUCUGACGCUCCCUCUUCUACCUUCCGCGGAAAGUGCCCCAUCUUCUGCAGGAGAGGGCAAGACUCCGGCCACCCCGAAUGUCCUGGACCCGAUGAAGACUUCCAGGGAGCCGAUGACACCGGAAGUAGACCGGAAAUUGCUGGAAGAGCUGACGAUCGCUGAUGUAGGCGAAGAGGUCUUCAAGGACAGCUUGAACGUAACUCCCGAUACCCUUGAUGUACCUCAACGACCCGAUUCCUUGGAACCUGAACCAGGUCAUGAGAGCGAAGACGAGGAUGUUCAGGUGGCUAAGGUGGAAGGCUCGGAAAAAAAUGGAAAAGAAGUCCUGAUCGAGGAAGGAUCGGAACAAGUUCUUCAGGUAGGGCUCAAGGACGCUGCCGAAACAUUGGAUGCCCGGUUUAAAAUCGAGGAUAAACUCAAGGAGGUCGAAGCAGGAGAAAAGAGGAUCGAGAAGAUACUCUGUCCCGAACCGUCCAGGACUUUGGAAAAUGCAGUUAAGGAUAGACUUCAGGAACUCGAAGAUACCGAGAAGAGGAUAGAGGGUAUUCUGAUCCCUGCAGAAGAGGCACCAUCCGAUGACAUGGAGAUGCAGAAAGAGGUUCCACCGGUUCCUGAGAAAUUUGCAGACCUUGCACUUCAAACUUCGAAGCUCGCCGAUGGCCUUCGAGUUUCGGAAACUCCAAGGACAGGUUCUGGAUCUUUAAGAGCCGUGCAAAAGGUAUCGGACUCCGGUUAUUUGGGUUCCGAAGACGGAAGGGAAGAUUGCGCUUCAAGUACGAGAAGCGUAUCCGAAGAUAAUGCUAACGAAUUGGGAGAGUUACAUCCCGUUACGUUACCUUUAGAGAAAGAGGACCCCAAGAGUCAAGUCGAGAUAAUACCUUUGGGUAACGUUCUUGAAAAAAUUGCGAUCUGUAAAGUCGAAGAGAAAGCGGAUGUCAAAAAUUCAGGAUUCAAAGAGGGCGAAGACGUCGAUAAAAAACACGACGAGAAAGAUGCUGGAGAAUUUCAGCCUUCAAUGAUUUCACCCGUUCCUGAAGUCCAGCCUUAUUCGUACAUUUUAUCCGAAGGUUCUCCUCACGAAAUCCCAGAUUUCGUGACAACGGUGAUCAUCCCGGAUAGACAAACCGAGUCGCCAGACUCGACUUUGAAGACCGAAGUGGAAGAGGGGGUCGAAGUGUCUCUAUCUCCGAAAGUCGAGAUUCCAAAAAAAGUAGAACCCGAGAAUUUAAUAUCAGCCUUGGAUGUCUUCGGCGAGGUCGUGCGUCCUGAACAAUUGGAAACCUCAACAAUCGACAUCGACUUUAUUCGCGAUAUUAAGGCUAGUCAUGACAUUCUCAUCCCUCAUCAGGAUCUCCAGAAGAUCGCCGAGGAGGACGACAAGGAGAUCGAGGAGGCUAAAAAGGAGGUUUCCGAGGACAAAGUCAAGGUGAACUCGACUUUGGAGGACAUCCAGGAAAAGGACGAGGUCAGCGAGGAAGCGAGUCGCGAAGAUAGACCGGGUUCACAUGAGAGAAUCGUGGAAGACAAUUCCAAAAGUAAAACAUCCCCAAGGAUCAAGGACUCUUCCGAGGGUGCAGAAAUGUGGUCCACCCUGCGGAACUCCAACUCGGAGUCUACGGACGAGGCCAAAGAGACCAGUGCGACCGAUAACGCGCCGGAAACGGCGGAAUUUGCGGAGAACUCUUUGGAAGUCGAAGAGAGCACCGAGGCGAGAUCAACCGAGUCGACCAACGAGGUCAAGGAAUCCUCGAUAACCGACAGAUCUGGAAGCGUCUUCAUGGACCAGCGUGGAUCGGGAAUGCCGCAUGUCCCGGAAUUAAACCUGGACUCUCUUCAGGAUAUUUCGGUGUCCUCCUUCAAGAUGUCCGAGGACGAAACGGAACGUCGAAGCGAGUUAGCCAGUCAUCAAGAAACGGAUAGUACGCCGUCUCUUGCUGGCCUUUCUACCUCCGAUGAGAAGGAUCCCGAGAUUAACGAGGUAAAGGAAGAGACCAUUAUCAAGGAACAGGUCGAGAUUAAGGAAGAACCUUGUAAAAAGGUGUCCACCUACGUCACAGAGCCAAAUUCUGAUGGCAUUGUCAAUGGCACCGGCAAUGGAGUUAAAGAAUUGAAGGUCGAGGUCUCCGCUGAAGCUGGUAAAGUGACGAAUGUUCUGAACGAGGGAGGGGAAGUCGAGUUUUCGCAGACAGGAGACGAGUCGAAGUUGUCUGCGAGGAAAGAUGCAACGGAACAAUCGGAAUCAAAGAGCAAAUCUCCUGGAACGGAAGUCGCCGAUCUUGGAGGAAUUCCGAGCGAAGAACCGAAGCCCGAAUUGGUUGGCGAACUUCGAAAAAUCCCUGAUGUCGAUUCCAUUAAAUUUGCGCGUGGUUCUGAAAUUAAAAACGGUCUCAUAUCUCCGGUUAACUCUCCGGAUCAGGAGAAACGGAGAAUAGAAAAAAAUGAAACGAGUCCGGAUAGGGUUUCGAUGUCAGAGAAAGUAGUUGCGGACCUUGCGAGCUCGCAAAAAAUGAGUGAUGCUCUCGAAGAGGUGCAAGUUGACUCGGAAAGUCGCGCAAAAGACCCAAAGGAAGUUCAUCCCGAUAAGGGUGAGGGAAAAACGGACAAGAUCGAACCAGAGCCACAACGAUCGGAAGUUGGAAGCAGUCCCGGCGAAGAAACGCUUCAAAGCGAAAAGGAGGAAAGCCGCAUAAGCGAAACGGAGAUCAUCGGAAGCGAAGGCUCAACAACCACGAGCAGUACUCUAAACUCUGCAGCUACCAAAAUUCAAGCCGGUGUAAGAGGAUUUUUAACUCGAAGACGCUUGCAGAGCAAUCCUCGACGUAGUUCUACCUUGGACAGCGUGCCAUCGAUCCAGGAUACCAUUUCGGAUACCUUCGUUACCCACUCGGAGACCAUGGAGCCCAUCGACGAGUCGGAGCCGGAUCAAGCUGCAAAACCCACCCAAAGUCAUCAAAAUCCUCAGAAUGGAAGAGGGCCAAAAGUAGAGGAUGCAUCCAAUGCAACGACUGCGUCUUUGCGGAAAGCGUUCAGCGAGAAUAGACUUCAACACACGGGGGAAUUUCACGACUGCGUGCCAUUGCCCGUCUUCGAGAUCGGGCCCAAGAAGAUGGACAUUUCCGGGUCAUCCGGAUCAGUAGGGUCCUAUGUGUCCAAGAAUUCUGCGUCCGACCCUCCUGACUCGAGGGAUGUCAAGAACUCCAGGGACGACGGUCCCCGAGAUGAAGAAACGACGGACUCCCUUCUUGGCGACAAGAGUCCGGAGAACGUGAUAGGUCGAUUCGUCCUGGACCCAGCUGCAGUGCCCUUGGUGCAUCUCGGGGGUUUCGAUGCAGACCGUAUCGUCGACCUGGUGGUCCUGUCGCAGGACGAGGCGAGUCUACAGAGCGGCUACUUGAAUUUUAUCACCAGCGUUGAAGAUGACGUGGCUCUCAGGGUCGACCAGCCAGGAAGCUCCAAGUUCCGCGCGACCAUCAACGCAUUCGACCUGGCCGAAAACUUGCGGACAACCUGCGGAGUCGAGAGUUUGCCCCUGGACAACCCUAGCGACACUUCCGCAGAAAGUGCGAGCGUCUGGGAGCCUCUGGCGAUCCCGGGCACCCCCAUGGGAGUCACCAUAGAGGAACUGCCCAGGUCUGAAAAGGAGAGUCUGGUUCAGGAGAAGUCCAAGUCAUCUUCCAUCUUGGAUGUUGGAAGCAGAGUCAAUCCGACAGCAGAUGGAAACCUGGGCGCAAGCUUACCCAGCUCCGUUGACGACGAGCACGCUUUCUUGGAAAGUACUCCGAUUUCUCUCGACGAGCCACUUUCGCGGGACGGAUCGAGGGUAUUUUCGGAAUCCGUGAAUGGGUCUUCGGCUUCCAAUGGAGGCUCCAAGGUGAAGAGCGAAGAGGUCGAAAAGAACGACUCGGCGCAUUCCGGGGGAGACGGGACGUCGGCUAUCGUCGGUGGACCUCAGAGGGACAUUCUAAAUACAGAGGAUGCUUCAGUUCCCGAAGGAUCCUUAACCAGUGUUAGCAUUUCCCUCAACGUGGACGACAUGUUGGGUCUGGGAAAUGAGAAAGAGAUUCUGGGGAUUUCCGACACCCCGAAGUCGAUCCUGGCUUCCUCCAUCCCCUCACAGGGGAGCCAACUCGAUGCCGAUAGGUUGCAGUCCCCGAUAACGAUUAUGCAGACCGUUCAGACGAGCAUCGAGGAGAAGUCGGAAAAAUCCGACGAUGAAACCGCCAAGGAAGGUCAGGGUGAAAAGGACUCGAAGGAGAACACGGUGAAGGAGCGUAAGGAGCAAGCCAGCCCCAAAGAAGGCAAUCAUGGAUUUUAAUAUGCGAAAUCACGUGGAAAUCAAUUGGUAAUUGCAAGCAGAAAUCACUAAAAAGCACUUCUUUGCCCCGCGUGCCUAUCAAUUGGAGCGUUGCCGAGAUUCCUAGAGGUCCCAGGAACCUCGCGGAGAUGGCCAAACGAGAAGACUGCGAGUUCGCCCCCAAAUGGACGUCGCCUUGCGUUCUUUUCCGCUCGGCUUCCCGUCCAAGUCGUUAGGCCAUCCAGAGGAAGACGGAUCGACGUAACGCAGCAGGAUCCUCUAACGAGAGUCGCUUGCCAAAAAUCGCGACGGGGUACAACUGGGCCAUGUACCGUCAACGAGACUCUCCGUCACUGCGGAAUGCCUUCGAAGCAGGCUCGGUAUUUCGGUCGGGCAGUGCCACGGGUAAAAGUCGUCGUUCGAAUUCGAGGCCUCGAAGUGCAUUCGCGUUUUGCCCUCCGCCAACCCUCGAUUUUUCCGUUUUCCCCCAAAAAUUAAAAGAUCACCCAAUGAAUCGACAACGAACGAUAGAAGCUGGCAAAGUCCACAAUGCCAUCGGAGGAGGCUACGGUUGCGUUCGCCGUUUCCCCUAAUAAAUCCAUAAAUCGUGUGACGGAUCCGAAAUUGUGGGAUCAUAGGAAGAGGGAAAAGGAACGUUGUAAAAAAGGGUCUUUCACAAAUUUCUCGACUUUUGUGGCGACAAGCAAUGGCUCGGCUUUAUGGCGAACGAAGUCGCGACUGUCCUCGAGUCCCCCCAUGCAAAGGCCCAUGAGGCUUUAUUAUUUUUGGUAAACGAUGUCAGGGUCGAGAAUUCGUCGCCGAGGCUCGACGUUACCCCAGCAACGUCAUUUUCUUUUUCCCGUAACUUUCGACUUAUUGCCAUUGAUCGCGAGCCAGUCCGCAUUCGAGAUGUAACUCGAUCGACGCGUUGCAUUCCGGAUGACGAAGAGCUGCACGGAGGCAGCCUAGGAAUGGACCUUGGUCCGUAUUUUGGUACCGGUGAAAACAUCGCUCAGAGGUUAACAACGUUCAGACCUCACGGGAUCGUCGCGACGUCAUCGAGCGUCGUCAUCGCGAAAAUUAUGUCACCCUCGGAAUGCCUCGUUGAUGAACCAACCGGUGUCCCGAUUUACCGCCGGGGACCUCGAAGAAGAGGAUGCGCAGGACCUAUUUCGGGCGGAUGCACUUCCUUCGAAAAAUUCCAAGGAUAAACCCUGGUCCACUAUAGUUUCCCUCGGAAGAUCCUCCGAAUUAAUUACGGGAUGGAAAAGACGGCUGAUAUAAUUGGUGGGCUUUUCAUCGACAUCUGCGGCACACGCGUUUCAAAGACGUUCUUAUUGACAUGGCAGUCACGCACGCGUGGUCGAAGAAUAAAGUUGUUAUUAAUAGCGGCUUAUUGAUGUAACUAUGAUGCGUGGCCGGCACGCACGUUUAUUAUCGACGUCGAGGGCCGGAUCUAAAAAACAUCUCGUUAAGCUGGGAUGCUCACGACUCGCUUGCUCGAUAUUGACGUGUCUCGAUACAAUGGCCAUUUUUUAAAUCUCUAGAAUUAAUCUCUUAACUAGCUAGAUAGGGCUUAACUCUGCACGUAAAAUCCCGAGAUUAAGCGGCGACUCUUGUCUGGAAAGUAAGGAGAGGAAAAAAGGACGCUCUGCUCCGCAGGUCGCGGAAUACAAGAAGUCCUCUUCGACGAACAAAUCGCCUCGUGCAAUCAGCGCCCAUUAAGUCGAUGAAUUUACUGUGCCCGGCCCAGUUAGGGUCUCGGGAAUCAAUUCUCCGAGAUGGCGGCCGCGACCUCGCAAGUAGAGAAGGAAGAAGUCGCCUGGCGUCGCCCGAAGUGGCGAAAAAGUGUCAAAUCUGGCGAUCGGUAUUCACCGGAUUGGUGGAUUUAGCGAAUCGGAGGUCCCAGAAAAUACCACGACCAUUGGUCAUUUUCGCGGACGAAGAAGAGCCGUCUAGA